CAGUUUGACCCCAGGGUCUUUAAGCUGUAUAAAACAAUAACUAAAUAAAUUUUACUUGGGCUGUGAUGGUGGCAGAUUUUUACCACUUUAUCACCAUCACAUCCCUAGACAAGACUGUUCAGCUUUUAACAAUAUACCAAUUUUUUAUUUUAGAGUUCAUUGAAGAAAAAGAGGAAAAUGAAGAAUACAGUGAAGUUGAGGAGAAAAAUAAUGUCAAAACUGGUGGCAAAACUUUGAGUUGCUCUCAAACCAAACAGAAAGAUUUAAAGAAAAAAAGAGUUAAGGUAUCAUUCACCUGCACUCAGGGUGGAAAGAGUUUCACAUGUAAAUCAAAUCUUAAGCAUUACAUGAGAGUUCAUACUGGAGAGAAACCAUUCACUUGCAAUCAGUGCGGGAAGAUUUUCAAACAAUCAUUAAACCUUAAGGAUCACAUGAACAUCCACACUGGAGAGAAACCUUACAAGUGUUCACACUGUGACAAGAGAUUCAGUCAUUUUUCAAGUCUGAAAACACAUGAGAGGAUCCACACUGGAGAGAAACCUUACAAGUGUUCACACUGUGACAAGAGAUCCAGUCAGUCAGGAAAUCUGAAAAAACAUGAGAGCACUCACACAGGAGAGAAACCUUACAAGUGUUCACACUGUGACAAGGGAUUCGCAGUGUCAACAGAGCUGAAAACACAUGAGAGGAUUCACACUGGAGAGAAACCUUACAAGUGUUCACACUGUGACAAGAGAUUCAGUGUGUCAUCAAAUCUGAAAAAACAUGAGAGGAUCCACACUGGAGAGAAACCUUACAUGUGUUCACACUGUGACAAGAGAUUCAGUCGGUCAGCAGGUCUGAAAAAACAUGAGAGCAUCCACACUGGAGAGAAACCUUACAAGUGUUCACACUGUGACAAGGGAUUCAGUGAUUCUACACAUCUGAAAACACAUGAGAGGAUCCACACUGGAGAGAAACCUUACAUGUGUUCACACUGUGACAAGAGAUUCAGACGGUCAGCAGGUCUGAAAAAACAUGAGAGGAUCCACACUGGAGAGAAACCUUACAAGUGUUCACACUGUGACAAGAGAUUCGGUGAUUCAUCAAGUCUGAAAACACAUGAGAGGAUUCACACUGGAGAGAAACCUUACAAGUGUUUAAUCUGUGACAGGAAAUUCAGUGAUUCAUCGAGUCUGAAAAGACAUGAGAGGAUUCACACUAGAGAGAAAGUACAUCACCGCAAUGUACGUGGGAAGUGUUCCAUUGAUUCAUCUGUUAUACACAAAAACCAACCACAGUAAGGCCCCGUACACGCGGAGACGCAUUUAGCUGUAUAUGUAAAUAUUUUUUAUGGUAUAUGCGUUUCGUCCAGACGGAUCCGGCAUUCGGGGCAGUGAAAACCCUAUU